UACUUCUCUUCUUCCUCCCCCCUCUCUUAUUCUUCAAUUCUGCUGCAUCGAUUUUUAUCAUUUUCGUGACCAUGCGGACCCUAGUGCACAUUCCUACAUCUUAAUUCGUGACAAAACAAAGUUUUUUCCUAAGCGUGACACUUUCACUUCCUUUCUAAUUUCGCUACAUCGUCUGCCCUCAUCAACGUGAAACUGCUCCUCCGCCAUCUCGCUACAUAUUUUUUUAUCUCUUUUCACGACUGUGCGGCUUUUUCCUCGGCACGGUACUUUCAUUCUCUCUUCGACCCUGCUCCACCUUUUUCUGUCUCUUCUCACGAUUACGAGGUUUUUUCUUCCGGAAACUUGCUGCUGCUUCUAUCUCUUUGCGAUUGCCAUGUGUUUUUUCCUCUCCCAACGUGACGCUUUCGCUUUUUUUUUCUGUAUCGGAGACGCGUUUGUCUCUCUCGAAGGUGCAUUUCGCGAUUCGUGGCUACGGAAGUAUCCGCACAAUUGAAAGUGAAGGAAGAAAGGAGAAAUGUGAACGUCCUCGCACAUACGCGCGGUACUCAAAGGUUUUUCUAUUUGCGAGACCCGUGUCUGACCUGCGAAAGGCAAGAGCACGAGUCCAAGUAUCACGCGUGUCGCAAUCCAUAAGAGCAUUUCACGGAAGUGAUGAAUUGAGCAAACGCGUGGCUUUCAUCAGAGCGAACUGAUAAAAGACACUGUUAACACAAACAUGCAAGUACUCGCUGUUUCAUGAGUGUAUCUGGCAAAAUCGCAUUCCCUAUGAUUUUUAAAUAUUAAUCCAUUAGCAGCGCGGAAAAGAGCAAUAGCGAUUUGCAAAUUAGAGCAUCUUAAAAAUGAGCCGGCUAAGACAAAACGAUUACUCACUGAACGAAAUCUUCAAGUAUUGCCUGAUAAAAGUGAGAAAUUACAGUCGUGAAAGCACAAAGACUUGUCCUAAGCACUAAGACUUUUCUAAUUAUUUAUAGUCGCCGUUAAAUAUAUUUUGAAUUAGCGUUCGCUUUUAUAUGCGAGAAAAACAUUAUUUGUGAAAAAAAUUGAUUCAUCGAAAGAAUAAAUUUUGUAGCGUAUAAUAGAUAAACGUGUCACCUAAUAAAAUAAGUGCUUUGUAAUGCACGAUCCAAAGAUGUUUUCAAAAUUUACCGUAGGUUUAAAUGUCAAAUAGGAAAUUUUGACAUUUACUGAUAUUUUGUACUUUACCGACUGUAAUUUCACAGCGGAUAUAUCGGCACAAGAAUACUAAUCGAUUGGCACUUUUAUCAAACGUACACACCGUACCAGUGCAUACAUUAAAAUGCAACAUGUACAAUCGCGAUGUUGAAAGAGACUGAAAUUGCGCUUGCGCGAAUUUCAGACAAAAAGUCAUCUUACAAGUGUUUUUCUGUGGGAAAUGGACAUCUGUUAAAUUUCUCUCGGCAUCAAAUCGAUCGAUCGUUUAAUCGUCCACUCUUUUUCGCCGAGCAAAAACAUGAAACUCUGUGUUUCGAUUCUCACGGUAGUAUUUUCUUUACAUUACCUUGCCUCAUGUCCGUUAGAUUAAGCAAUUUUAUGUUAGAAGUUAUAUAUCGGAGAAAUAGAAGUUUUAAAAUACUCCAACGAUUCUUUGUAAAAAGAGGCUUGAAUCGAACACUUUUCCUUUUGCUCGGUUUAUGGCCUUAUCAGCGUACAAAAUUAGUUGAACUUCAGACAAUCUUAGUUCUUGGUUUCCUAAUUAGCAGUGUCGUGUAUCAGCUUGCAGCAUUAAUUUUUGGAGACUUCUCUAGCGAACUUAUCUUUAAGGUUUUCUCUUUAGCAUUACUUUUUUCCAUAUAUGUGAUUAAAUACAAUUCUUUCCGAAUUAACAAAUCAGCACUGAUUUUCGUAUUGGAGGAACUACAGCAUGUCUCUGACGAGCUAAAAGACGAAAAAGAAAUCGAUAUCAUGAAUAAGUACGGGGACAACGCAAGACGUUUUACGACUAUAAUUCUAUCACUUCACGUUUGCAACAUGAUUGUUAUGUUUUCAUUACCAUUAAUAUUGUACAUUGUUAAUGUUCUGUUGGUGAAUGAAUAUGAUCCAGCACGCUUGCUGAAGAGGCUUAUACCUAAGUACUUCGUCGGCCAGGAAACUUAUAGUUAUCUAAUUUUCUUACAUUUGGGUGGAACAGCUUGUUUAGGAGGAACGGCGCUCGUAGCAACAGGAAUGAUGAUGCUAGUCUGUCUUAAAUAUGUAUGUGGAAUGAUCAGAAUCGCCAGCUAUCGUAUCGAGAAGGCAAUGAUGGUAAAUACACGGAAAAAUGUUAGCAUGAAAAAGAUUAUGUUUACAGAAAUAGUUCAUGCUAUAGAUAUUCAUCGUAAAGCUAAUGCGUUGACCACGUUUUUCUUAUCCCGUUACGAACAAUCGUUUUUCAUCCUAAUAUUAAUUUCUGUAACUUCUCUAACUCUCAAUCUUUAUGGAAUUUCUGAAGCCCUUUCAUUCGGAGACGAUAUAGAGGAAUUGUUGGUGCACUCUAUACUUGUACUCACUGUGUUUGUAUAUUUAUUCUUACUAAAUUAUGCUGGACAAGAAUAUGUGGAUCAUAAUGCCUACGUAUUUUCUGUCGCGUACAAUGUUCGGUGGUAUGUAGCACCAUUACACAUACAAAAGCUGAUAUUGUUCCUCUUGCAAAGAGGUAGCAAAACUAUUAAGCUUAGUAUCGGCAUGAUUUUUGUCCUGUCUCUAGAAUUAUUUGCCAUGCUGGUAAAGGCAUCAUUAUCCUACUUUACUGUUGUGUAUUCCAUGUAACAGUGAUACACAACAGUUUUAUCAUCUGACAAUGUACUGCAGUUUGUGAUACCGAAUUAAAACGUACUGUCUAUAACGUAAGUAGAAAAAAGUAUUAGUUGAUUUCCAUAUUAAAAUUGAUAUCUACGCAAUCUGAA